GUUUUCGAGUAAUGCCUAGACCAUUGCAGAGUUGCUUUAUUGUAAGUAGCUGAUGAAAACAAAGAGUAUAUUCUGACUCUCCAAAACCCACCAACUAGGUUUUAUCAAGAUCAUCUAAUAAUACACAGAAUUAUACAGAGUGUAAUUUUUGGUAACUUAACGAACAUUAAACAAAUUGAGAAUGAACUGAGAAAUGUAUGAAGAGUUAAUUAAUGGAAAAUUAAUAAUGGUGUUACCUCUGACAUAUUGUGAUUUAACAAUCAUCACUGACAUUGAAUAUGGGCUGAUAAACACCGUAAAUAUCAUAUUUCCAGACAGUAAGCACCAGGAGUGUUAUUUUCAUUUUUGUCAGGCUGUCAUUGGGUUUACAAGAAAUAAAAGAACUAUUUUGUUUAAUUUGAUAAAAACAAAUGCAAAUGCUGCACGUGUACUCAGAAUGAUUUUAGCUCUACCAUAUUUACCAGCUGCUGCAAUCAAUGUUAUACCAUCAAUGGAAGAUGGCUUCCAAUCAAUUGUUGCAUAUAUCAAUCAAUUUCCUGAGUUGGCUAAUAUGAAACCAUUUUUAAAUAAUUAUAUUUGGGGAUAUUGGUUUAUAACUAUAGGACCAGCGGCCAUGACAUGUUACAACCAAGUUAUACAAACCAACAAUUAUUGUGAGAGCUACCACGCUUCAUUGUUGAAGCUAAUAAAGUCUCAAGUUAGGGAAUUUCUAUGUAUGAUUUUAAUAAAAUAAUUUUUUUUCCUUCAGUUUGCCCUUU